GUAUAUCAAUUCUCUUGGGACCCCAGACCGCAGCAGGCAUCGAUGGUAUAUGUAUUGGUUUCAGCCAUGGAGAGCUGCAAUUCCUACGUCCUCAUGAUCCUCUCCCAGCUCAGCAUCGCCGUGUUCAUCAUCCUACAGCAGUCGGUCGUCGCCUCCUCCGACGCUAUCAGCCCCACCAUCCUCGUCCUCUACGAACACCUCCUCUCCGCCACUCUCCUCUCCUCCCUCGCCCUCCUCCUCGAUAGAGCCAAUAGGCCCAAGGUUUCCCUCCCAUUCCUCUUUUGGGCCUUCUUCGCCGGCUUCUUGCAGAUAACGUUGGCUCAGUUGAUGUUGACUAUGAGUCUUCGUUACAUAACGGCGUCGUUCCAGAGCGUGGCGAUGAACACGACGCCGGUGGUGGUGUUCGUGCUGGCGGUGGCAUGCGGGCGAGAGCCGUUCCGGUUCGGCGGUGUCCAGGGGCAGGCCAAGCUGUGGGGGUUCCUCGUCUCCGCCGCGGGCGCCACCGUCAUGGUGGUCUUCCCGGAUGCCGAGCCGCACCGCUUGACGGGAUAUCCGUGGACCGGCGACCGGUCCAUCGGCUGCCUCAUGGCGGGCCUGGGAAUACUCGGCGCUGCCACAGGAGCCAUUUUGGUGGAAUACGUGGCAACAAAAUAUUCUGCAGAUCUGACUUUGUCAGCAAUGAUGAAUGUCUCUGGGACCAUCCAAACGGCAAUGAUAGCAGCAUUGACAGAGAGAGACCUCUCGUCAUGGAGAGUCAGCUCGACUGGAAAUCUUCUCACCAUCUUAUAUGGGGGAACUGCGGUUACGGGAUUAACAUACCUAGCAACGAAUUGGUGCAUACACAAGGAAGGCCCUGUCUUCACAUCAGCAUUUUCUCCAUUGCUGAUUGUCUUCUCUUUCCUUCUGGAGAUGCUCAUCUUGCAUCAUGCUGCCCAUCUUGCAAGCAUUAUUGGCGCCACACUUGUAGUUGGGGGUCUGUAUCUCCUGUUGUGGGCAAAAUCUAAAGACCACAAGAUGAUGAAAAUUGUCAUUGAAGGACAAAGCCAUGCAAUUGAGGGCUCAACUGCAGAACCAUUGCUAUUGAACAAUGUUUAGCUGCAUGCAUUGCAUAUAUAGCUAGGAUCUUGUAGUAUUUCGACAUUUACCUGUCUCUUAGUUGUCACUUUGUAUUUGAUCGACAUUUAUACAAUUUGAGAUAGAUGAUUCCAUAAGAAUUGUACUCUCCUAGCGAUCUAGUGAUUUUCUUAAUCACCAUAUGCUUGGUCAAUCUUUUCCAA